AUGGAAGACACAACCUGUGAUAAUAAUACUAGAUACACAAUUGUUCUCGAUAUAUUUAAGCCGAUUGAUUUAUUUGAAGAGGGACAACUUGAGCAGAAAAAAAGUUCAGGUUCAUCGAAUUCACCCCGUCUAGGUAUAAAUUAUCUUAGAACGGUUCAAAGAAAGAAAUUAGUCAAGUAUCCUGAGGAUUUAAGUUUGGACGCUUGGUGUUCUGAAGUUUACGAGAAAGAGGAUAUUUUCACGAAACUACCUGGUGGAAAGGUAUCAGGACAACAGAAAGAGAAAGAUUUGGCGGAGUUUUCAAUAGAAAAGCUGGCCACUGAAGAAAAGAUAUCUUUGCGGAAGAAGGACAAUAAUAAUUUUGUGGACUACAGGUUUUCAAGGGUGGAUAUUAUAGCAGCAGACAUGAAGAAGGGUGAGAUUAUAUCCUCAAACGAGCCAUUGAAGGCAAAACUACUAGGUUAUGGUGUUGUACGUCUUUACAAAAACAGGGAGAGUAAGAAGGGGAUAUUGAUGAAAAACAAAGGCGAUGAUACCACAGUUGCCAUUCUGGGAGUUCCAUUUUACUUCACGACGAGUGACUUGCUGUUGGGCUUUUUUGAUAAGGAUGUUCUUGACAGUGCAUCGCACAUGAGGCUUUUGAAGACACAAACACCAAAUCGAUACAUGGUUUUGAUGAAGUUUAGAAGUGCACUAAAGGCAAAAGAAUUCGUCGACAAGUACAACGGGAGACAUUUCAACUCGAUGGAGCUGGAGGCGUGCCAGAUAAUAUUCAUCAAAGAGAUUAUUUUCAGACCUCUGACACACAAUAUGGGGAAGUUAAGCACCAUCCCGUAUCUUUUGGACGAUCCCUUUACGUCAACAAAGGCUGCAGAAGUCGUUUCAGGCAAGGAUGUGAAGAAUUCUCCCAGAAGAGGGUCCUCGUCAAGCUUUAAAAAAGACUCAGCUGACAAACCAAGGGAAACAAUGGGUCAGGGACCAUCUGAAUAUACAGAAUUGGCCACUUGUCCAGUCUGUUUGGAGAGAUUAGACGCAACUGUGACGGGAUUGCUCACAAUUCCUUGCCAGCACACUUUCCACAGCAACUGUCUUGCCAAGUGGACAGAUGACACGUGUCCGGUUUGCCGGUAUUCGAGCCGGCUAGACAUGAGAAAGUCGCAGGAGGAAAAACGGGUUGAUCGGUGUACGGAGUGCGAGGCCACGGAUAAUCUUUGGAUUUGUCUUCUUUGCGGACAUAUCGGUUGCGGCCGGUACGAUUCAGGCCAUGCAAUUGAUCACUACGAUAAAACUUCGCAUUGCUUUGCGAUGGAAAUUACCACGCAGCGAGUCUGGGACUAUUCUGGCGAUAAUUACGUGCAUCGUCUAGUGCAAAGUGAGGUGGAUGGCAAGUAUCUGGAGCUUCCAAUCAGAGACAAGCCUCACAAGGGCUUUUUAGGGGAUGAUGAUGACGAUUAUGAGGAUGAUGAAGAUGAAGGUGACGAGGAGGAUGAAGCCAAGGAGGCGAAGAUUGAGAAAAUCGGCCUCGAGUAUUCCAAUAUGCUCAUUUCGCAGCUCGAGUCGCAGCGGGAGUUUUACGAUUCGAAGUUUGCCGAGGUCCAGAAUAAGUUCAAUCUUGCGAAUCAAAACUUGGUGAGUGUGAAAAAGACGUUGGGCGGGUUGAAGGAGAAACUCGAAAAAGUGUCCGAGGACUAUCGAGCAUGUAAGAAGGUUGAUCCGAAGGAACUGUCAGAUGUCAAGCGGAAGUACGAGGACGAGAAGUCGUUGAAUAAGGCGUUUAUGGAGAAAUUGUCGUUUCUGACUUCGCAGAAUUCGGAACUCCAGGACAAAAAUAAGGACCUCGAGGAUCAGGUAAGGGAUUUGAUGUUUUAUUUGGACACUCAGAGCAAGCUGAAGGAUGCACCUGAGGAGGUCAAGGAGGGCCAAAUAGUGAUAAAGAAAAAGCCUAAGAAGCACAGGAGGAGUAGGAAGUGA